AGGAACUGCUGAGGCCCUCAUGGAGGACGAGCUGAGGCCCCGGGCUCGCGGCGGCCCCCGGAGCAGGAGCUCCCGAGCCGCUCGCAAAGGCGCAGGUAGUAAAGAAACAAGUGCUUUGAAAAGUGAAGAGGCUUCUAGAAGGAAAGCUGCACUGGAGGUAGCUAUUAAAAAGAAAAUCGAAUAUGAGAGGAAAGCCUUGCAUAUUGUUGAACAGCUUUUGGAAGAAGACAUUACAGAAGAAUCCCUUGUGGAAUCUGGGAAGCAGAUCACAUCUGCACAUUACAAGGAUGUCGUGGAAGAACGCUUCAUCAUCCAUCUCUGUGGUUACCCGUUAUGUCACAACAAGCUGGGAAACGUACCAAAACAGAAGUAUAGGAUUUCUACCAAAACAAAUAAAGUCUAUGAUAUAACUGAAAGAAAGUUUUUCUGCAGCAAUUUUUGUUAUCGAGCAUCUAAGUACUUUGAAGCUCAGAUUUCCAAAAGUCCGUUGUGGGUUCGAGAAGAGGAAAGACCUCCGGAUCUUCAGCUGCUAAAGGAAGGACAGAGUGGUCAUUCUGGUGAAGAAGUCAGGUUGUGUAACGAGGCUGUGAAGACAUCGGACAUUGAGAAUCCUGACCGGUCGAGAAGCCAGGAUGAGUCUGGGUCCUCCAGCAGCCACAGCCACAGUAGCAGCGAGGAUGAGCAAGGAUUUGUUUCCUCCCUUCUACCAGGAAACAAACCAAAUGCAACCCCUGGAAGGCAGCAGCCGUAUCCAAGAAGCAUCCUGAAAAAGAGGCCUGGCCGGAAAACAAACUCCAGACACCACGACAAAGACCUGCUGGCCGAAGAUGUGGCCGCGCAGUUGAGCAGGUGUACACUGGAUAGCCUGGAGAAAGUGAGCGCUUGUGCCCUUUGUGUUCAAGAGGAGAAUACCUGUGUUUCACCAGGUUUUUCCUCAGAAAAAUCAAAAGCCUUGGAGAAUUCUGAAGAUGGUUGUGGUAGUUCACAGAUAGCUCUGGUAGGCAUAAGCAAACAAGGAGCAGAACGUUUUAGGAGGAAAUUUGCAAAGUUGAAUCAGCAUGCCCUGUCAGGUUCCAGUGCCCUCCAGGUGGAUCCUGCUGCAGCUAAAGCAGGCUUGUUUCAAGCCCUCAAGGAGACUUUGGUGGAGUGGAAGACACAAGAAACGUUGAAGUUUUUAUAUGGCAAGAACUAUGUCCCUGUCCCUGUGACAGCCUCUCCACCGAUUCCUCAGGCUGCGGAUAAAGAAAAAGACGGGGCGACCCUGCUUCCAGGGAUGGAGAGUCACAUAUCUGCUGCUGGACGGGUGUCUCAGAACACCCUGGAUCAGUCUCUGCCGUUCAGUGGCUUAGGGGCCGCCGUUCACCCUCUGCCAAGUUACGAGAGCCUCAGAAAAGAAACUGAAGCAUUGAAUUUAAGGAUCAGGGAGUUCUGUAGAGGAAAAUAUAUUUUGGAUGAGGAGUCCCCCAAAGCAGAAACUACAGACAAGGGUGAUCCCACCUUUCCUCUCAUAGAUUCAAGUUCUCAGAACCAGAUUAGAAGACGCAUUGUACUUGAAAAAUUGACAAAAGUAUUGCCAGGAAUCUUGGGUCCUCUUCAGGUUGCAUUGAGUGAUAUCUACACUGAACUUAAAAAUCUUGUCCAGACUUUUAGGUUAACAAAUAAAAAUAUCAUUCACAAGCCUGCGGAGUGGACCCUAAUUGCUAUUGUAUUACUGUCAUUGUUGUUCCAGAUGAUCCCGCUGCAAAAGCAUUCCCAGAAAAAUGCCGUGUAUACACAGUUCAUAGCCACGUUACUUGAAGAGUUACAUUUCAAGAAUGAAGACCUUGAAAGAUUAACCAGGAUAUUUACAGCUAACUGUUUGUCAGAAUGACCCAGUCCGAGAAGAGACACCAGAAGGAGGACCUCACACUUCCUUCUCCCAGGUCGGCCACUUCAUCAUUUAUGGAGAUUCUGCAGCUUUUAUUUCCUUAAUUAAAGUUCAAGUCUCAGUAUCCGAAUCUAAAUGAGCUCCCGAGAAGCUAUUCAGUGGCCUGGCUUGUCGGGGUCUGUUCCCGCCAUGUUGCAGGCGACUGACGGGAGGCGUGAGAGCUCCCCCGCGCAGGGCUGCACUUCUGGUGAACUGUCGAGCAGUCGGCCAACAAGAGUCAAUAAAAGGAGUUUUCCCAGGAAGCUGCUGUGGCGCUCACUCCAUCACUCUCUAGAAAAGCUGUGACUUGUGAGUUUACAGGGGAUACAGCCACCUGGAGUCAAGCCUGAAGCCUGCUUACCCUUUCUUAGAAUUCAGGAAACCUGAAAUUGUCUUUAAUUUUCAAGAAAAUCAUUUUCUAGAAAUGAGGUUGCCUUGUCAAAGGGCAUGUGUCAGGCACGAUGCCAGACCUUUGGGUGCCAGCAGAUUUUGGUGGUUGUUCAGUGGUGUCCACUCUUCAUGACCUCGUGGGCAGGGUUUUCUUGGCAAAGAUACUGACGUGGUUUGUCACGUCUUUCUCCAGUGGA